CACUACCCUGAUCCCCCGGGGCACAAAGCUCCUGACAGGGACAAAGUUCCCAUUUGGGUUCCCCCUUACAUCAGAGUUCCUAUCAGAGUGCUGCUUUACACCAGGUCCCCAUCAGGGUUCCCCCUUACAUCAGGGCCCCCAUCAGAGUGCCCCUUACAUCAGGGUCCUCAUCAGAAUUCCUUGUUAUAUCAAGGUCCCCAUCAGAGUGCCCCCUUACAGCAGGGUCCCCAUCAGAUUUCCUUCUUAUAUCAGGGUCCCCAUCAGAGUGCCCCCUUACAUCAGGGUCCCCAUCAGAGUGCCCCCUUAUAUCAGGGUCCCUAUCAGAGUGCCCCCUUACAUCAGGGUCCCCAUCAGAGUGCCCCCUUACAUCAGAGUCCCCAUCAGAGUGCUCCCUUAAAUCAGAGUCCCCAUCAGAGUGCCCCCUUACAUCAGAGUCCCAAUCAGAGUGCUCCCUUAUAUCAGGGUCCCUAUCAGAGUACCCCCUUACAUCAG